AUGGUGCAGCAAUUUGGUCCAGAGCCUCCCCCGGGCCUGCGCAAGGCCGACGCUGGCUUCGACGCGGAGAAUGCUCCUAACCAUGAGGGUAUUGAGAUGGCCUUUGCUGAGAAAGUGAUCCAGCACAUGGAAACAUACUGGAAGAUCCUGAAGAACAAGCGCGGCUCUCAGCUGAGACUCACCAAGAUUGACGACGAGAUUUACGAACACCUGAAGAAAGACUUCCCGGAGCUUGACCCAGCUGUCGACAUUGACGAGGACGUGAUGAAGAACAAGGAGAACAAGGAGAGGUGGCGCAAAUUUUUGAACUUUUACGACAAGAAAGUCGAGGACUUCAACUUCGGGACUAUGUUGCGCAAAAACCCCAAGGACGACGUCGAGGUGGAAAACAGGAUCAUUUUCGUGCCAAGAAUGCAGUUCUACGCGUUCGAGAUCGCAAGAAACAAGGCCGGAUUGAACGACUGGAUCUAUGAGCAGGAACACCCAGAGGAGAAGAAGGAAUAG